UUUGUGACUGGUAUGAAAAGUUCGUUACUGUCGUGUAAAAAUUGUCAAUCUUUUAAACUUUAAUAAGUGUUUGCAUUUUAAUUAAACAGUUGUUUUAUUGUGGUGUUUAAGUUAACGUUUCAAUCAUGCCCCGGACCAAAGCAGUUAAAAAAAAGCCCGCAGAAAAGACCAGCAAGUUUGCCCAAACAUAUUUACCCAUUGUUGAAAACUAUAGACAACAAACUAUACUUAAAAUGGAACAAGAAAUGGAUAGCUUCCUCUCGCAAGUACAUACUCAGCUGAUGAAAUCACAAAUGUCGAUCCCAGCAAAACUGGCUAAUAAAACUAUAGGAGAAGUGAAGGAACUUCCGCUGGAUUGGUCUGCUAAUAGCACAAGCGCUUCAAUUGUACAAAUCUUAGAUGUUACAAAAACACGUACUGAAAAGAAAAAAAGAGUCUUACGGAGCUCGUCAUGUUGUGAAGAUGAAGGGUACCUUACCACAGAGAGUAGUAAAAGUACUUCAGGUGGUAGGCAAUCAAGGGCGCGAAGUCGCAUUCAGAAAACACUACGUGUUUCUCGAUCUGCAUCGACGCGACAAGCCAACAGGACAAUAAAAUCAGACGAGCGAUUCAAGACUCCCGCUAACAAGAUUGUGCCAGCGACUUUUGGUACAGUCACGCCAAAGAUGAAACCCAACACGCCGCAGGUGCUGUUACGGCGGCCCAAAUUGGGCGAAGUCGCCUUAUCUAUGCAAGGAAGUCCACUACUAACGGGAGCCGUCAUGACUGAUAACGUUGCUAAUAUUAAUAUACCGCUGGACGAUGGGCGACUUUUGUCGAUUCAACCCAAACGAGGAUUGCGGAUUUCACAAAUACCAGAACUGGAUAUCGAGACCAAACGCCAGCUCGAGACUUUACGAGAUAACUUGAAUAAAAUGUGUGCGUUAUCAGGUAAACGAUAACAUUGGUAGUGGUUUUAUUAUAAUUUUUUCAGUCGUAUUAUACUUUUAACAGUUAAAGUUUUUACUGUGGUUGUUUCAUUGAAAUAAUUAUUAUACUUUUAAAAGUUAGUUACAAUUUUUACUGUGGUUGUUUCACUGAAGUAAACCCCAAGAUUUGUACCAUUUAUUUUGAUUAUACAUUAAUUGGAAA